UGCGCGCUGGCUCCCAUUCUUCCCGUGGCAGCGGGGCGGGCGCAGCCAUGCAGCGCAGCGGGCGCCGCCGCCGGCACUGAGCCCGCCCGGCCCCCGCCCCGCCGUACCGCCAGAAUGGACUGCUGAAUUGAGAAUUAUUGCAGACCCAACAGUACAGCACUGCUCAUUGCUUCAUCUAUCACUAGUUAUUUAAAUUGGACUUUUAAUAUCCUGCCAGCUGCUGUUCACACACACAUGCUGCAUUGUUGCCAUUCUCAGAAUUGCAUCUUUGAAACCCAGGCCCUCAGUAACCUUCACUGAACAAAGAAGUGACCUCCUGCGUACAUUCAUAGAGGGAUUUUUUGGACUGUCUGCCCUCUAGCUUUUUUGUUAGUGCUGUGUUUCUGAGACACUAUGGAGCCCAGUAUGGAGUACUGCUUAGCGCAGGUGCUGCAGAAGGAUGUUGGGAAGAGACUUCAGGUUGGUCAGGAAUUGAUAGAUUACUUCUCAGAUAAACAGAAGUCAGCUGAUCUGGAACAUGAUCAGACGAUGCUGGAUAAAAUGGUCGAUGGACUGGCCACCUCUUGGGUGAAUUCCAGCAAUUAUAAGGUGGUGCUGCUGGGGAUCGACAUCAUCUCCGCACUGGUGUCCCGCCUGCAGGACCGCUUCAAGGCUCAGAUUGGCACAGUGCUGCCCAGCUUGCUGGAUAGGCUGGGGGAUUCCAAGGACUCUGUGCGGGAGCAGGAUCAGACCUUGCUGCUGAAAAUCAUGGAACAGGCUGCUAAUCCUCAGUAUGUGUGGGAUAGGAUGUUAGGAGGAUUCAAACACAAGAAUUUCCGGACAAGAGAAGGGAUCUGUCUCUGCCUUAUUGCAACACUCAAUGCAUCUGGAGCUCAGAGUUUAACACUGAGUAAGAUAGUGCCGCAUAUAUGUAACUUACUUGGAGAUCCGAACAGCCAGGUUCGAGAUGCAGCAAUAAACAGCCUUGUGGAAAUCUACAGACAUGUUGGUGAACGUGUAAGGGCUGAUCUCAGUAAAAAAGGAUUACCCCAAUCCCGAUUGAAUGUAAUUUUCACGAAAUUUGACGAGGUCCAAAAAUCUGGAAACAUGAUCCAGAGCUCAAGUGAUAAAAAUUUUGAUGAUGAAGACUCUGUGGAUGGGAACAGACCUUCCUCAGCUAACUCCUCUACAUCAUCAAAGGCUCCUGCAAACUCACGUAGAGUUGGAAUGGGGACUACUCGCAGACUUGGGUCUGCAGCUCUGGGAUCCAAGUCCUCAACAGGCAAAGAGGGAGCAGGUGCUGUAGAUGAAGAAGACUUCAUUAAGGCAUUUGAAGAUGUCCCAACAGUUCAAAUUUAUUCUAGCCGGGAUCUUGAGGAAUCCAUAAACAAAAUAAGAGAGAUACUAUCUGAUGAUAAACAUGACUGGGAACAGAGGGUAUCUGCUUUGAAAAAGAUCCGCUCCUUACUGUUGGCUGGAGCUGCAGAAUACGAUAACUUCUUCCAACACUUACGGCUCCUGGAUGGAGCAUUUAAAUUAUCUGCUAAAGACCUGCGAUCUCAGGUAGUGCGGGAAGCUUGUAUCACGCUGGGACAUUUAUCAUCAGUUCUGGGAAACAAGUUUGAUCAUGGGGCAGAAGCCAUUAUGCCAACAAUUUUUAAUCUAAUUCCAAAUAGUGCCAAAGUCAUGGCCACUUCUGGUGUUGUAGCAGUUAGAUUAAUCAUUCGACAUACACACAUCCCCCGACUAAUACCCAUCAUAACCAGUAAUUGUACCUCCAAGUCUGUUGCGGUUAGAAGGCGCUGUUUUGAAUUUUUAGACCUGCUGCUGCAAGAGUGGCAAACCCACUCCCUAGAAAGACACAUAUCAGUGUUAGCUGAAACAAUAAAGAAGGGAAUUCAUGAUGCAGACUCUGAAGCCAGGAUAGAAGCAAGAAAGUGUUACUGGGGUUUCCACAGUCACUUCAGCAGAGAGGCAGACCAUUUGUACCACACCUUGGAGUCCUCCUACCAGAAGGCCUUGCAGUCGCAUUUGAAGAACUCUGACAGCAUUGUGUCCUUGCCACAGUCGGAUCGCUCCUCCUCCAGCUCCCAGGAGAGUCUCAACCGUCCACUGUCUGCCAAAAGAAGUCCUACUGGAAGUACUACAUCAAGAGCAUCUACAGUAAGUACAAAAUCUGUGUCAACACCAGGAUCUCUGCAGCGAUCCCGCAGUGACGUUGAUGUGAAUGCAGCAGCUAGUGCCAAGUCAAAAGUGACAUCUUCUGGAGCAUCCACCCCCUUCAGUUCUGCUGCAGCCCUGCCCCCAGGCUCAUAUGCAUCACUAGAUGGUACUACUACUAAAACUGAGGGUCGGAUUCGUACAAGGAGGCAGAGCUCUGGCAGUGCCACCAGCGUCACCUCAACACCUGCUGAUACCCGAGGCCGCAGCCGGGCUAAAGUGGUUUCCCAGUCCCAGCGAUCCAGAUCAGCUAAUCCUGCUGGUGCUGGUAGUCGGUCUAGUUCUCCGGGUAAGCUGUUAGGAAGCACCUAUGGUGGCUUGAGCAGUGGAACAUCCAGAGUUCAACCUGUGCCAUCAUCUUCAGAGAAGCGCAGCAAGAUCCCGCGGAGCCAGGGAUGCAGUCGAGAGACGAGUCCCAACAGAAUAGGACUAGCACGGAGCAGUCGUAUCCCCCGACCCAGCAUGAGUCAGGGGUGCAGCCGUGAUACCAGCCGUGAGAGCAGUCGAGAUACAAGCCCUGCUCGGGGCUUUCCUCCACUUGCUUCUCGACGUCAUUCCAGGUCCACUAGUGCUCUCUCCACUGCUGAUUCUGUUGGGCAGUCAGACCGGUUUGGACUCGGACAGUCAGGCAGGAUGCCUGCUUCUGUGAAUGCCAUGCGAGUCCUAAGCACAAGCACAGACCUGGAGGCCGCUGUGGCUGAUGCACUGCUGUUAGGAGACUCCAGGAGCAAGAAAAAGCCAGUGAGAAGAAGAUAUGAACCCUAUGGGAUGUACUCCGACGAUGACGCUAACAGUGAUGCAUCAAGCGCUUGCUCAGAGCGCUCCUAUGGUUCCAGGAAUGGAGGCAUUCCUCACUAUCUGCGGCAGACCGAAGAUGUGGCUGAGGUCCUGAACCACUGUGCCAGCUCCAACUGGUCUGAAAGGAAGGAGGGCCUCAUAGGUCUCCAGAACUUACUGAAAAGCCAGCGGACACUGAGCCGAGUGGAAUUAAAAAGGCUGUGUGAAAUAUUUACUCGCAUGUUUGCUGACCCUCACAGCAAGGUCUUCAGCAUGUUUCUGGAAACCCUGGUUGAUUUCAUCAUCAUUCACAAAGAUGACUUGCAGGAUUGGCUUUUUGUUCUCCUGACACAGUUGCUGAAGAAAAUGGGAGCAGAUUUGCUGGGGUCUGUGCAGGCAAAAGUUCAGAAAGCUCUGGAUGUCACCAGGGAUUCUUUUCCAUUUGAUCAACAAUUUAACAUUUUGAUGAGGUUUAUUGUGGAUCAGACGCAAACACCAAACCUCAAGGUGAAAGUAGCUAUCCUGAAAUAUAUUGAGUCCUUGGCAAGACAGAUGGAUCCGACGGACUUUGUGAACUCUAGUGAGACAAGACUUGCUGUGUCUAGAAUUAUAACUUGGACAACAGAACCAAAGAGCUCAGAUGUGAGAAAGGCAGCACAAAUAGUCCUGAUUUCUCUCUUUGAACUGAACACUCCCGAGUUUACCAUGCUACUUGGUGCCUUGCCAAAAACAUUCCAGGAUGGUGCUACCAAGCUCCUGCACAACCACCUCAAGAACUCCAGUAACACCAGUGUGGGUUCCCCCAGCAAUACUCUUGGUAGGACUCCUUCUCGGCACUCCAGCAGCAGAACCAGCCCCUUGACUUCACCUACCAACUGUUCCCAUGGUGGGCUGUCUCCAAGUCGGUUCUGGGGUUGGAGUGCAGAUGGGCUGUCGAAGCACCCCCCUCCCCUUUCUCAGCCUAACUCCAUCCCCACCGCUCCUUCCCACAAGACUUUCAGACGCUCUUAUUCUCCCAGUAUGCUGGAUUAUGACACGGAGAACCUAAAUUCUGAUGAAAUCUACAGCUCUCUUCGUGGAGUCACAGAAGCAAUUGAAAAGUUUAGUUUUCGUAGUCAAGAGGACCUGAAUGAACCAAUCAAACGUGAUGGGAAGAAAGACUGUGACAUGGUGUCUCGAGAUGGUGGCCUUGCAGUACCUACCAGUGAUGUCCGAGGAGGCAAUGAUACUGUAGAAGGAGGAAGGAUGGCUCUAGAUAACAAAACCUCCCUACUUAACACACAGCCACCCCGCGCCUUUUCAGGGCCACGAGCUCGAGAGUAUAACCCCUAUCCUUAUUCCGACACAAUUAACACUUAUGACAAGACUGCCCUCAAGGAAGCAGUUUUUGAUGAUGACAUGGAUCAGCUUCGGGAUGAAGUACCCAUUGACCAUUCAGAUUUGGUGGCUGACCUUCUGAAAGAGCUCUCUAAUCACAAUGAGCGGGUGGAGGAGCGGAAAGGAGCUCUCCUGGAGCUGCUGAAAAUCACAAGGGAGGAUAAUCUUGGAGUUUGGGAGGAACAUUUCAAAACCAUUCUGCUCUUGCUCCUGGAAACGCUUGGAGACAAAGAUCACUCAAUACGAGCGUUGGCACUGCGAGUCCUUAGAGAAAUCCUACGGAAUCAGCCAGCAAGGUUCAAAAACUACGCAGAGUUGACCAUCAUGAAGACACUGGAAGCACACAAGGAUUCCCACAAGGAGGUCGUCAGAGCUGCUGAGGAAGCUGCUUCUACCCUGGCAAGCUCCAUCCAUCCUGAGCAAUGCAUCAAGGUGCUUUGCCCCAUCAUUCAGACAGCAGAUUAUCCAAUUAAUUUAGCUGCCAUCAAGAUGCAGACAAAGGUCAUUGAGAGGAUUUCCAAGGAAUCACUGCAUCAACUCCUUCCUGAUAUUAUUCCUGGAUUGUUACAGGGUUAUGAUAAUACAGAGAGCAGUGUCCGUAAAGCUAGUGUAUUUUGUCUGGUGGCAAUUUAUUCAGUAAUUGGUGAAGAACUGAAACCUCAUCUCGCACAACUCACAGGAAGCAAGAUGAAGCUACUAAACUUGUACAUAAAGAGGGCCCAAACUACCAACAGCAACAGCAGCUCCUCUUCAGAUGUUUCAACGCACAGUUAAUGGAGAUAUGUGGACAUAUGUGUAGACUUAGAAGCAAUCAACGGUGCCUCUCAGAGACCUUUCUGCUACUCUUCACUGGCGCACUUCAUCAGCUAAAGGAGGCCAUGCAGAUAUUUAUUGCAAUCAGUAUUCUAGUCCCUUAAAGCUUUCAUGUAAAACCUUACUGGUAUUGAAUGUAAAGGAAGCAAGGUCUGUGUUGCAGUCUUCAUUAAAAACGAACAACAGAAAGCCAUACUUAAACAUAUUGUAUAGCCUGCUGAAAUCUUGGAAAUAUGUUUAGGUUAGCAUUCCAAAAGAGUCAAAAAACCUGGAUACGCGUAAAAGUUAAACAAAUCUUGGUUUAGUUCAUACCCAGUUUUGGUUUCUGUGCGCUAGUUACUGCUCCUUCCCUGUGGCCGCAGCCUUUCUGGCUAGGAUCUCCUCUUACAAGUCCUGUGGUCCUGUUUUGUACUUCCUAUUGCAGCUUGCCUAAUGUGCAGGGUUCUCCACGAGGAGAUCUUUGCUGAUGUGGCUGUGGUUCCAGCCUCUAAUGCUUUAAUACUGAGAUAUCAAGUGAGUAAUGAAAAAGUAGGUUCUUUUUAAAUAUCUGAGUUUUCUGUAUAUAGUUCUUCUGACAGACCUCUGAUGGCUGAUCUCUCUAACUGCUCUCCAGCCAGCUGUGCUUUGUAGAGCAACUGGGCUCUCGCUACCUUCGUUGACUGUAAAUAUUUCCCCUCUUCCAACCCAUUUGGCUCUUUCAUGUGCUCGAGACUCUUCAGGUUACUUGUUACUCCCCAAAGGGAACCUCAGAUGCUGUUCUGAGACUGGUGCCUGCGUUUGGACAUGAGCACAGUGGGUGUUGGAUUGGGCUUGGGUGCAUCCUUGGGUGGACAGUCAGAGCUGCCAAUGCUGUAUUGCAGUGCUGCCUUGUGAGGCUGGCUGAGUUCUUCCUGAAGUCUGUAGCGUCAAAGGAUUGAUCUGCCACUUUAACCGGGACCCGUCGAUGUUGGUGGUAAAUGGCUUUAUCCACACAAAUCCAGUGUGCUUUGGGCAGACUGUUCAUCCAAGAGGACAGAAAGGGAAUCUGAAGCUGGACAAAACAACCCUGUGGAAGCUAAGGGUUGGCUGGGAUAGUGCUGCUCACCUGCUGCUGUUCCUGUCUUGUGCCCGAAGAGCCUGCAGUGCUGUCUUCUGCCUUUAGAAGCCUCCUUCUUCCCACGCACAACCCUGCUGGGUGCUUUGCAUUUUGGAGGGAUGUGCUAGACUGUGACACAGACCAGGUAAGAGCCAAACCAGCAGCAGCAGGUACCCCAAAGCACCGUCCUGCUCCAAGCUUCUGUUGGCAGUGGCUGAGUGCCUGCUGCCUGUGACUGGGAGGAGCAGGAGGAUGCUUGUGCUGCGUUUGGCCCUAGGCUGGAUCCUGGCUGACAGACAGGCCCACCCCAACCUGCCAUGGAUGAGAACUGGGUUUUUUCCCCCAGUGACAGUGAUUGCAGGAGGGUGAUGGACAUGCAGUGUGUGUUCCCAGGCUGCUCUCAGUGCCUUGGUCUCUCUGCAGCCCCCUUCAUUUCCCCUUUGAGGAGCUGAAGGGACACCUUGGUAGCAGACUUAGUGGCAGCAUGUGAGCAUUGCCAGAACUGCAGCAGGGAAGCACAGCAAAGAGGAUAAAGCCUUGCAGCCCUCCCUCUCCAUCAGUUUGUGCUCCUGUAGCUCAGCCCCAGCCAUGAGGAGCUGUGCUGGAAGGUGCUGACUGGUGCAGCUCCAGAAAAGCUGAGGUUUGUGGGGCUUUCCCAGCCUCUCACCUGGCUGCCGUGGGAGCAGAGGUGACCUGCUCCUGAUGUCAUUGGAAUGAGUCCAGGCUUGGGCUGGCUGCAGGGCUGAUCCCUUGUGCUCCCCAGUGCUGUGGCAGGAGGGGAGUGUCGUGGUCUGGUAGUGGGAUUCCUCCAGGCCCUCUCUGCUGGCUCAGAAGAGCCAUCCUUGCUUGGGAGAGGAUUGGCUGCUCCAUGGUUGGUGUCUCCCUGUCCGUGGACCAUUCCUUUUCAACACCUUUCAGUAUGCUUGUUAGAGUUUUGUGUGUUUGUUUUGUGUUUGUUUUUUUUUUUUUAAUUUUUUGAAUGAUUCAAAUUAUUCUAGUUUAAUGUGAAUUUAUUUUCCCUUUUGAGGAAACGUUCAGCCAACUCGUUGGCAGCAGUUAGCUGUCUUGUUUGAAUUUUAGUAGUGGGUUUGGGGUUUUUUUUUCCUUUUUUUUUUUUUUUUUUUUUUCCCCAAUUUUUACUCUAACUGCUUACUAUUUAUGCCUCUCUUUCUCCCCAUCUCAGUUCACCAUCUUCUGUUCCAGUCCUGGGGUUCAGCAGUCAGCAUAGCUGACCACAUGGCGCUUAGUUCCUCCCAGCUGUGAUGGAGCUUUUCGGGUUUUUUUUGUUUAGUUUAGUUUUUUUGAAUGGCACAUUGUAGCAAACCUCCAGGAAUUGAAUUCCUUCUCAAAUUAUUUGUGUUGUAUAAAAUCCUGUUAGUAUGCACUGAGAGUGAACGCACUGUAAUGUCCCUGAACUGACCCUGGCGCCUGUGCUGACACUAAAGAAGGAGUUAACAGCUCGUCCUAUGGGAAUAGGUGUGAAAUCUGCCGUGCUCUGUGGCUGCAGAGGUGAACGCCUGUUUCUCAGAUACCAUUGGCACACUUGGGGCUGCAAAAUAGUAGAACCAGGCCUUACUUUCGUAAUCAGAUGCCGUUCUGUUUGUCAACAGAUGCUCAUUGUGUUCCUUUCUUUCAUUACGUGAGUCAGUCGAGGACUGUUCAUCCUUUGAGUACUCUAGAAGUAUGUUAUACCUGUAUACAGUAGGGGGCAUUCUGCUUAGGUAUUUAUAAAACAUUGCGUAUAAUGUACAUAGUAGGGUCGUUUAGUAUGUUGAACAUGAACUUUUUUUUCCUUUGAAGUACUCAAAGGGCUAGCUCUGAAUGUCACCUCUCUGAUCUCAGCAUUCUGACUUCAAACAGCUGUACAAUCGUUUUGUUCUCUCUUCAGCAAGCAUAAAGGUCUCUCUGGCUACAGACCGCAGUGUCCACGCAUGUUUGCAGAGAACGAUCUGCAUGCGGGCAGUGCCUCACCGCACCGGUGAAGCUUGUGUUCACCCUCUCCCAGCAGUAGCCAUCUACUGCAGCUGCCUUUUUUUCCUUGCUGCCCAUUAUGCAGGGCUUCAACUUUUCAUACUUCAAAAAAAAAAAAAAGUGUUUUUCUUUUUUCCUUGCCCAUCAUGCUUUAAGUCUGAAUGGGAGAGAACUCUCAGCAGACAGCGAGCGGCUCCUGGCUGCAAGGUUGCAGAAAUAUCUCAGAUGCGGAUGUGUUUUUCUGCCAUUGGCUGCGCCGGUGCUCCGUGGGCAUGGGCGAAUAUGGAUCCAUCUGCCCCCUGGUCUGCGUACCAUAGUUCUCAUGUAGUGCAGAAUUAUCGAGGCAUGUGGCUUUCUUAAGGUACACUAUGUGUGCUUGCCUGGAUUACAAUACGAGACUGUCUUUUUUUAUCGCUUACUACUAGCUUUCCAAUAACCUCUAUAAGUAACCUAACUCACAUCUUUGUCAUCCGAACCUUUUCUCCCCACCCCUUUAUUUAUCAAGCAUAAUAUUACAUGCUAAGGGACAGGAAAAUAGACCUUUGUAGAAUACAGCAGAACAAUGUUGCUAACAAUGUUUGAAAUGGGAAUUAAAACCUCUCUAAAAACGCCAGCCUUGAGAAAUGACUUUGUUGGCACCGUGUUCAUGCGCAUGUAUUUUUUUCUAUUUUUUCCGCUUUUGUCAUGUUUCAUCCAUAUCUGUAUUUAUAUCUUGUUUGUUUCACUUUUGAGUGUAUCAUGGCAAUUGUACAGAUGUUUUUUGUUAACAUUUACGUGAUAGAAUUUGCUAAAAAAAAAAAUAAAAUAAAAUAAAAUAAAACCUUUUGAGUUUGCCCUAGA